GUUGUAUCGAGGGGCCGCGGGCCCUUUAAGGAGGGGGCGGGCCCUGGCUGCCAGCCCCUCAUUGGACACUUCCUGCCGACGUUGCCUGAAAGUGACACAUUGUCGGAGGGAGAGGGCAAUCCCGAAACGGAGCGGCGUCCCGUCUCGGAGCAGGAUCGCUACAAGUUUCCCUGUAUCUCGGAACAGACGCUGAGAGACUUCAGUGCCAGGAGGCUCAACAUCGAAACGAUCUCUGCUCUGUCCACCCACUCUGCAAGGACGACUUGUCAAAAGAAUAUACUGAUUGACUGUGGGUCAUCGCAGAUUAUAAAAGCCAACGUCUCUGGUGUGAGCAUCACAACAUGUGGCUGCUGUUGCUGCUGGGUGUCCCGCUGUCAGUCACCACCGCAGAGGGAAAUGUGACCAUUCUACCCACAGCCUUUCUCCAUGACCUACUGCAACGCUAUGGAGACAAUGAGGUCCUUGUGUUACACCAGCUGAAGGCUCUUCUCAACCGGCUGGAUGUUGGUGUAGGGAGUGCCAAUGUACCAACCGGACACAGCACUGCCAACCUCUCCAAGUGCUUCUCGUCGUCACAGCUUUUUGCAAUUCACAAUCUCAACAACAACAGCAGGAUAGACAGUGCCACCUUCAAACACAUCUGUCCGACAAUCCUUCAGCAGCUGGAAAGUGGAGCUUGUGCUGCAGAAAAGCAGGAGAAUGAGGAGGAUGAGGCUGCAGUGCUCUUAAAGCCCACACCUUCUGAAGUCUGGGGCUAUGGUUUCUUGUGUGUGACAGUCAUAUCUCUCUGCUCUCUGAUCGGGGCCAGUGUGGUGCCAUUCAUGAGGAAAACCUUUUACAAGCGACUGCUGCUGUACUUCAUUGCCCUGGCGAUUGGCACUCUCUACUCUAACGCCCUCUUUCAGCUCAUUCCAGAGGCGUUUGGAUUUGACCCAAAGGAGGCCGAUUAUGUGUCGAAAUCGGCAGUGGUCUUCGGGGGAUUCUAUCUCUUUUUCUUCACAGAGAAGAUCCUGAAGAUGUUGCUGAAACCCAAAGAGAAGGGGAAAGAUCAUCUUAAUCACACACACUACCGAGUUCAGCAAUAUGCCAGCAGGAGUGAUCAGGAGGAUGGAGUGAUGGAAAAACUCCAGAAUGGAGAUCUGAGUCACGCAUUGUCCAGUCACAGUGAAGAUGGCGAGCACAGGAUUUUGUCUACAGAUUCCACAGAGGGAGAGCCAGCAAUCACCAGGGCCUUGUCAGUGCAGGAUCUGCAGCAGACAUCUGGAGGGCCCUGUUACUGGCUCAAGGGGAAUCGUUACUCUGAUAUUGCUACUCUGGCCUGGAUGAUCACACUCAGUGAUGGACUGCACAACUUCAUCGAUGGCCUUGCCAUUGGUGCUUCCUUCACUGUCUCUGUCUUCCAGGGAAUCAGUACCUCGGUGGCUAUCCUCUGUGAAGAAUUUCCUCACGAGCUUGGUGACUUUGUGAUUCUGCUCAAUGCUGGCAUGAGCCUCCAACAAGCUCUCUUCUUUAACUUCCUGUCAGCCUGCUGUUGCUACCUUGGCCUGGUCUUCGGCAUCCUUGCUGGCAGCCACUUUUCUGCUAACUGGAUCUUUGCUCUGGCUGGUGGGAUGUUUCUCUACAUCGCUCUGGCAGACAUGUUCCCAGAGAUGAAUGAGGUGAGCAAAGGAGAGGAUGGAGAGGAGUCAACCUCACUGUUGGUGUUUGCAAUCCAAAACGCCGGCCUGCUCACUGGGUUUACCAUCAUGUUGCUGCUCACCAUGUACUCGGGCUCAAUCCAAAUUGGUUAGGUCUUGGCCGACCCUAGGACACGAUGGACAUCUAAAGCCAUGGCAGCUUGGAGGGGAGGCAGGAAACUUUCUCAGCACAGACACCAUCACAAACCAAGGAGCUGCUCAAUAGCUGGCCAAGGUUUUGAUUAUCACAACAAAGGCAGCCUCUCUUUUGAAAACCUGCUCUUUGCAAAAGGCAAUCUCCUCAGGCUCAUUAGCAACAAAUUCAUUCUAGUUCACUCAGUCCAAGAACUUACUGCCCUGUAGGGUGUAGGAGACCACAUUUUCCCCUCCAGUAUUAAGUGGCAUUGUCUCAAUUGGCCAUCAGUCUUAUGCCUUCCGGGUCAAGGUGAGUUAACAGAAAUGAUCUUGACAUGGAAAAAGCACAUUGAAGAUGAUGAGAGAGGGAAUUAACUUGCUGCUAGACUUGACCACAAGCCUCUCAUCAGAGCUGGGCGUCCUAUUCAGAACAGUACGUCACAUUUUAACCAAGCCUACCUUGUCGCUCUAGGAUCUCUAACAAUACCAGUCAGACAAUGUCUAGUCAGAGAGGACACUCGGGUCACGCAACAAGGAAAUCGCAGCUUCUCACAGUCAGAUCAUCAGAGCCACAGGAGAACCCAGGACAGGCCCAGUUUUCAUUCCCAUACAUCUCUUCCCCUUGUUCCUCAUGACCCUUUGACAAUCAUGGUGCUGGUUCAACUGGUAUUUCUGAGAGAAGGUCUGCCAUGUCUCCUAUCCUUUUGCACACAGGUAGAGAGGGAUGGUGUUUGACUGGAGACCGGAAGUCUUAAGUAUAGCUGAAAAAGAGAUCUGCAGCUAAAACUUUUCAUCUUGGCAUUCAUCAGGAUAGAAUGUUGAAUUUUCAUGGGAACAAGAAGUUACACUCUCUAUGAGAAGGUGGUGUUGGUUUGUUGGCAAGUGGAUGCUGAUUGGUUAAGGUGUUGACAUAGGGAUUGGGGAACAGGUAACGACUGAACUUUUCUCCACGUGAAAAGGAUGUAAUUCCUGCUCAUGUUCUUCCAGCUGGUGAAUUCCAGAGUCCUGCUCAUGAACAUCAGGAAGUAAACCUCAGUGCUAGCCCGACUGGCAACCGUGAGUUGGUGACAAUAGUCAUUCUUGGCACACACUGAAUUGUUCAGCAAGCCCUGACCCAGCAUGAAACUCCAUCUGAUGUUGGACACGACGUUCUGAGGUCUGCAAAAACUCGGGCACAAUUGUUCCCGCUGCAUUCCCUGUGGAGACACCUUCACCAAUCACUCUCCAGCCUUUCCUUAUGCAGUGUUAAUUGUUGUUCCCUUUCCAAUUGGCAUUCUUGUUGUGUCCUGACAGAUACAAGGCAAGAAGCUUUCUCUGCACAUCUCAUUCUCACAAUACUCAAGUUAUGAACUACUCAGAGAAUGCCAAAUAUUGUUUUGGUGGAUCAGUGAGGGGACUUAGGGAGGAGUGAACUGAGGCCUCUUUCCAUAUGCCUGCUCUUGUUUCUCAUUCGGUUCGUGGAGAUUGAGGUCCCAGCCCUGGACUCAGCACCUCCAUAGUCUGUGUUUUCCAAAGAGAUACUACCAGCUCUGCAUAUGUGGAGCUUGUUAAAAUCUUCUUGUGCACAUUCUUGCUCUCGCUGUCACUCUUGCUCCCUGCCCACCCCCUCCCACACCCACACACCAGCAUGAGCUGGUCAAUGGACAGUCCAAAGACCAAGAGGAGUCAUUGCCCAGGAAUGAGCAGAUGGUGCACUGAGGUGAGCCCUUGCCCCUGAAGUGGGUGACAGUGGAGGGGAAGAGGAGGCUGUUGUUGAACAGAAUCCUGUUCUUCUUUGAACACACUUCCUUUGAAAACCCCGUGUCCAUCUUUCUAAAGCUGCCCAGGAAACUCGCUCACACUUUGUGCCUCAGGGAGGUGCGCCCUUGUUACCACUGGUAAUUUUAGUGUCAUAAUUGCAGACAGAGUUCUCCAAAAGCUGGAAUAAUUUCUAAUGGAGUGAAAACUUUCAGGUUAAUUCCAAGCACAGUCUGAUCCCAGACCUGACUCCCUCCUCUAGACCCUGACCUCACUCAUCUCAAAGCCUAAUGUCAAACUUCUGUAAUAAAGGCAGUGAAAUGAGUGAGGAAAAUCUCUGUAGCUUUUAGGCAGACUCAUUCUCCUCACUGGGUGAUGGAAUGGAGCAACGGCUCUUCCUGAUUCAAACCUGUCCUGAGAUAGCCCGUCAACUGUAAUGUGGUUCUGGUUACUACUAGCUCAACAGCAGCACCUUUUUCUUCCCUAAAUGUCUGAAUUUCAAACAAUGAUACUGAAGUGGAAUCAUCAGGAUAUCUGUGUUCCCCCCCACCCCCCCUGUGAAUGUGUUGUAUCCAGUCAGGAGGUACAAUCGCAGUGUGCUCGAAACAGGCAGUGGAACCAUCCGGAGGCUGGGGUGAAAGGUAAUAGGUGACCAAAGGACUUGAUGUUACGUAGCAAUGAACCAUUCAAUAAGAUCAACCUGCUCAAAAUGAAAAUAUGUCUGGCCCUGUGUUCUCCUCACUUUGUUUAGGAGCCAUUUUAUGUAAUCUGAAAAUGUCUGAGCUUAAUGACAGAAAACUGUACAACCUCGCAAUGAGAAUGGAACCAAAUAUCCAGGUCUAACCCUCCUGUUCAGACAGAACCAACGCAGAUUGCUGCUUGUGUGCUCUUUUCCUGUCAGAUCAGCAGGAUCACUCUUGGAGCAUGUAGAAAAUUGUUUUCAAAUAGAACAUUAUCUCUUUGCUCAAGUCGCUAUAAUGGAGAGUGUGGGAUUCAAAUCCAGCUCAUCAUCGUAGAAUGUAUUCUGUCUUCAGUAUUUUGAUAGCACCCCUUCCUGAGAAAGGUAACCGUGAGACAAGGAAGUAAUUGCACCUUGCACCAGGUGUGGUGUCAUGAACACCCAGGACAUCUAUCCCUCAACAGCCUGAGGGGUGGUCAGUCAGGAAAGCUGCUGUACUGGGUUAUGACCGUUCAGGAGGUCGCAUUCUCAUGGAGAUGUGCAGAUUGACAGUUAGCAGCAGGAUCCUCUGGCCAUUCUGGAAGGACCCCUGGAUUGAAAAGGUCUUUGCCAGAUCAAAGGCCCUGUCACAGAUGGGGGAUCAUGUUCUGGGAUCUGGCUACAGAGAUGAUGUUACAUGAUGUACAGCGCGUUCCCAGCAACUCAAUACCAAAAUGAUAGGCUCACUUUACUGACCCCAUGGAACAGCUUGUAAAUUAUUCACUGUACUGUACACUCAGGACUUGGAGGUUUGAAAUAAACUGAGUCGAUUGGUUGACUUGAAAUCAGAA